UCCAAUUGGAAACAGACGAACACGCGUGUCGUCGAUAACUUGUUUCAUUUGACGGAAUUGAUUCUACGUAUAUAUUGUAGGACAGUUCGCUAAGUUAGCCAUUUGCUUAGUGCUGGUUCGUCCUUAAGUUUGGAUGUAAGUUUAAGUGAUGGGUGUAUUGUGGUAUAUGUUUAUUGUGACGUUGGCAACGGGGAAUGCACUGGAAUUGACUAACGAGCAGUAUCACCAGCUGCCGCAGCUGUUCCAGCUAGAUGAUUACGAGGCGUGCCUCUCCCAGCGUCGAGGUGUAUUCUGCCUCGCCACGUUUGACCUCCUACCUGCAUCUAACAAACAACUAUUCAAUGUCAUUCAACAAUUUUCCGAAGACCGUACAAAUUUCAACCAUACAAGAAUCCAUCGAGGGUACUGUGUGAGCGCACGAUGUUCACACAUCGAUGAAGUUUCCCUCAAUCGGAGAUUCGUAAAAUGUGUCAGCAAUAUAACAAAGAACACCUACGGUUUAGACACAAAACUGGCAACACUGGAGUAUUGCAAGACAACAAAAAGUCCAUCAACAAAACCGAUAGAUGAAUUAGAUGUUACAUUCGCGUAUAUAUCCGGGUUCAUAUUGUUGAUGAAUGUUAUCGGAACUAUAUACGAUUUAAUAAGAAACCCAGACCACAAACCCAAUCGUUAUUUAAUGACAUUUUCCUUCGCGGAAAAUUGGAAGCGGCUUACUGAGUCGUAUGAAAAUGGAGAUUCCAGGCUGUCAUCCCUACAAGCUAUUCAUGGAAUGAAAGCGAUCACUCUUAUUUUUGUGAUGAUGGCGCAUUCCGUGAUCACCUACCACACCGCGUAUAUCCUGAACCCACGCUUCAUCGAAAACGGUAACCGUCACCCGAUGUCUAUAUUACUGCACAACGGGACCGUGGUAGUGCAGACCUUCAUACUGCUCUCCAGCUUCCUCUACGCCUACAACAUGUUCAUCUACAUCGAGAACAAUCCCAAGAAGCAGUUAAAUCUAUCCAUGUUCCCUAACUCAGUGUUAAAUAGACUCUCCAGAAUCCUGCCUGUGUACAUAUUCGUGGUGGGUUUCGUAACGACUUGGUGGCGACACGCCAGCGACGGUCCGCUCUGGACCCCACUGGUGGAAGCGGAGUGUUCCCGCUGUAGGGACAAAUGGUGGUCGCAAUUCUUAUUCCUCAACAACUUCUAUAAGCCUGACGAAAAAUGUCUUAUACAGACUUGGUUCCUGGCGGUGGAUUUCCAGCUCUACGUGUUGGCGGUGUUCCUCACCCUCGUUUUGGGCCCGUCUCUCCGCUCCGCUAUCAAGAUCUUAUCUGGUCUGUUAGUCUUCUCCGUUGCAAUGAACUUUGGGAUCGCAUACUACUGGGAUCUGAAGUCUGUUCUCUUUGUGACGAACGUUGAAACAAUCCGUAGUCUUUACUACGGUGUGCCAUCGUUCAAGUGGAUUUACAUGGCACCAUGGACCAGUCUGCCAUCUUCACUGCUAGGACUUAUAGCAGCCUUCCUUCUCUAUCAUUGGCAACAGAAUAACUACGAUCCUAAGGAGUCAUUGAUCUGCCGUAUCUUGUACCGGUCUUCCGUGCCCUUCAUCUUCAUCUCCAUAAUAUCUGGCUACUUCAUCAGAGACACGCAAUCACAACUUGUCACUGCAAUGUACACUGCUAUAGACAGACCGCUCUUCAGUCUUAUGAUUGUUGUUGCAUUGUUAGGAUUCACAUAUAAAAUCGAUAGCCUCUGGUGGCAAUUCCUCUCGUGGUCCGGUUGGAGACCGCUGAGCAGGAUGUCUCUAUCUAUCCUUUUAGUGCACUGGUGUUACAAUCUCACGCAGACAGCGAUCAAAACAGACCUUGCGAGAACUUCGAUAUAUGAAGUAGGUGGGCAUUGGUUCGUGACAAUAUUUAUGACAUACGUGACAUCGUUGCCGGUGCAUCUGUUGGUAGAAUUGCCGCUGCAGCGGUUCCUAAAGGCGGUUUUCUUUUAAAAGGACUUACAUGCAAACAGCUCAAACAAAACCAAAUAACAAAUUUGUUCUAGUGUAAUUAAUAAUUUAGUUAUUUUAUUGGUGUGGAAAUUCGUUAGACAAUGUUCUGUUGUAAGAUUAAGUAAAUAAGUUUUGAUACAUUAAAUGUUCAAACGGGUGUCACAAAUUUGUAACUUAUUGUUUUUAAAAUCGUCGUAAAAGUUCGUAAGGACCUUAUAAACUCAAGCAUUUAAAAGCAGGAAGUUUUAAAAUUACAUUGUGGUACUCGUAAUUGUUACUUAUAGAGGAAUAUAUUUAGAUAAUAAAAUUAUUUAAACCAUAGCAAAAUCCUCUUCUAAAGUUUUUUUGUUCUAAGUUAUUUCUAGCCUUAUUUGUACAAACAUUUUCGUACAAUGCAUUUUAGUGUAGAAAUCAUAAUUAUACCAAGUUCCAACUAUUUGUAAAAACUGUGAUAUACUUUAACAGGUGUACUAUAGGGUAAGAUUAGUUACUAAGGUUCAAUAAAAAGGUACAAUAAGAUA